GGUUUUUCUGGAUGCAGGAGGCUUAGUGCAGACAGGAAUGACAUUUUACUGCGUAAAUAAACAUUCAGAGACACAUUUGCCUCUAAGCAGCCCAGGGGAUUUUUAGAAAUCACCGUUUUUUUUGUACAUUUCUUUCGCUGGAGUCCAGUUUGUGAGGAUUUAUCAGCUCCAAACGGCGGUCGCGGUGGAUUUUUCCUCUAUUUGGGAAUUUAUUUAUUUGUCAACAUUAUUUAUUGUUUGUUUGUAAGAUUUCAGUGUGAAACAUGAUGAUUUGACAUUCCCCGCGUUUGGAUGACACACGGACCGCUCCGGGAUGGAUAACGCUCAUACUAAAACUGUGGAGGAGGUCUUGGGCUUCUUCGGUGUGAACGAGUCUACGGGCCUGAGCUGUGAGCAGGUGAAGAGGAGCAGGGAGCGAUGGGGACCCAACGAGUUACCAGCAGAGGAAGGGAAGUCCCUCUGGGAGCUGGUCCUGGAACAGUUUGAAGAUCUGCUGGUCCGGAUUUUGCUGCUGGCUGCAUGUAUCUCCUUUACCCUGGCUUGGUUUGAAGAAGGCGAGGGGACCAUCACGGCUUUUGUGGAACCCUUCGUCAUCCUCCUCAUCCUGAUAGCCAACGCUAUCGUGGGAGUUUGGCAGGAACGAAAUGCAGAGAACGCAAUCGAAGCUUUAAAGGAAUACGAGCCUGAAAUGGGGAAAGUGUACCGACAGGACAAGAAAAGUGUCCAGCGCAUCCGAGCCAGAGACAUUGUCCCUGGGGACAUAGUUGAAGUGGCUGGGAUGGAUAACGCUCAUACUAAAACUGUGGAGGAGGUCUUGGGCUUCUUCGGUGUGAACGAGUCUACGGGCCUGAGCUGUGAGCAGGUGAAGAGGAGCAGGGAGCGAUGGGGACCCAACGAGUUACCAGCAGAGGAAGGGAAGUCCCUCUGGGAGCUGGUCCUGGAACAGUUUGAAGAUCUGCUGGUCCGGAUUUUGCUGCUGGCUGCAUGUAUCUCCUUUACCCUGGCUUGGUUUGAAGAAGGCGAGGGGACCAUCACGGCUUUUGUGGAACCCUUCGUCAUCCUCCUCAUCCUGAUAGCCAACGCUAUCGUGGGAGUUUGGCAGGAACGAAAUGCAGAGAACGCAAUCGAAGCUUUAAAGGAAUACGAGCCUGAAAUGGGGAAAGUGUACCGACAGGACAAGAAAAGUGUCCAGCGCAUCCGAGCCAGAGACAUUGUCCCUGGGGACAUAGUUGAAGUGGCUGGGAUGGAUAACGCUCAUACUAAAACUGUGGAGGAGGUCUUGGGCUUCUUCGGUGUGAACGAGUCUACGGGCCUGAGCUGUGAGCAGGUGAAGAGGAGCAGGGAGCGAUGGGGACCCAACGAGUUACCAGCAGAGGAAGGGAAGUCCCUCUGGGAGCUGGUCCUGGAACAGUUUGAAGAUCUGCUGGUCCGGAUUUUGCUGCUGGCUGCAUGUAUCUCCUUUACCCUGGCUUGGUUUGAAGAAGGCGAGGGGACCAUCACGGCUUUUGUGGAACCCUUCGUCAUCCUCCUCAUCCUGAUAGCCAACGCUAUCGUGGGAGUUUGGCAGGAACGAAAUGCAGAGAACGCAAUCGAAGCUUUAAAGGAAUACGAGCCUGAAAUGGGGAAAGUGUACCGACAGGACAAGAAAAGUGUCCAGCGCAUCCGAGCCAGAGACAUUGUCCCUGGGGACAUAGUUGAAGUGGCUGGGAUGGAUAACGCUCAUACUAAAACUGUGGAGGAGGUCUUGGGCUUCUUCGGUGUGAACGAGUCUACGGGCCUGAGCUGUGAGCAGGUGAAGAGGAGCAGGGAGCGAUGGGGACCCAACGAGUUACCAGCAGAGGAAGGGAAGUCCCUCUGGGAGCUGGUCCUGGAACAGUUUGAAGAUCUGCUGGUCCGGAUUUUGCUGCUGGCUGCAUGUAUCUCCUUUACCCUGGCUUGGUUUGAAGAAGGCGAGGGGACCAUCACGGCUUUUGUGGAACCCUUCGUCAUCCUCCUCAUCCUGAUAGCCAACGCUAUCGUGGGAGUUUGGCAGGAACGAAAUGCAGAGAACGCAAUCGAAGCUUUAAAGGAAUACGAGCCUGAAAUGGGGAAAGUGUACCGACAGGACAAGAAAAGUGUCCAGCGCAUCCGAGCCAGAGACAUUGUCCCUGGGGACAUAGUUGAAGUGGCUGUUGGGGACAAGGUUCCAGCUGACAUCAGGUUAACGUCCAUCCGUUCUACCACGCUCCGAGUGGAUCAGUCCAUUCUGACAGGGGAGUCCGUAUCAGUCCUCAAACACACAGAUCCUGUACCAGAUCCCAGAGCUGUCAACCAGGACAAGAAGAACAUGCUGUUUUCUGGCACCAACAUCGCUGCAGGCCGAGCCAUUGGGGUCGUCGUAGCAACAGGGGUGCAGACUGAAAUUGGGAAAAUUCGAGAUGAGAUGGCCUCCACCGACCCUGAAAGGACCCCGCUCCAACAGAAACUGGACCAGUUUGGAGAACAGCUGUCUAAGGUCAUCAGUGUGAUUUGUGUGGCUGUGUGGGCCAUCAACGUUGGACAUUUUAACGACCCGGUGCACGGAGGCAGCUGGCUGAGAGGAGCCGUUUACUAUUUUAAGAUUGCUGUAGCGUUGGCUGUAGCUGCUAUACCAGAGGGCCUUCCUGCUGUGAUCACCACAUGUUUGGCCUUGGGCACUAGGAGGAUGGCCAGGAAGAACGCUAUUGUCCGCAGUCUGCCGUCGGUGGAGACGCUGGGUUGCACCUCUGUGAUCUGUUCAGACAAGACGGGCACGCUAACCACAAACCAGAUGUCUGUCUGCAGGAUGUUUAUAGUAGACAGGGUCGCAGGAGAGCACUGCCACCUGAGUGAGUUCACAGUGACAGGAUCUACUUACGCCCCUGAAGGGGACGUUUAUAAGGAUGGCUCCGUGGUGAAGUGCAGUCAGCACGAAGGCCUGGUGGAGAUGGCCUCCAUCUGUGCGCUGUGCAACGACUCGUCGCUGGACUACAACGAGACAAAAGGCGUGUUUGAGAAGGUGGGGGAGGCGACCGAGACCGCCCUCUGCUGUCUGGUGGAGAAGAUGAACGUGUUUGAUACCGACCUGAGAGGUCUGAGGCCUGCUGAGAGAGCCACUGCCUGCUGUUCUGUCAUAAAGCAGCUGAUGAGGAAGGAGCUGACUCUGGAGUUCUCCAGAGACAGAAAGUCCAUGUCCGUCUUCUGUUCAUCCAACAAGCUCACCCGAUCCUCUUCUGGAGCCAGAAUGUUUGUUAAGGGAGCUCCAGAGAGCGUGUUGGAGCGCUGCAGCUUCGUCCGUGUAAGUGGCUCCGGUCGCGUGCCGUUGAGCUCGGCCAUUAGAGAGCAGAUCCUGUCCACCGUGCGAGAGUGGGGCUCAGGCCGCGACAUGCUGCGCUGCCUCGCCAUGGCAACCAGAGACACACCCCCUGACGUCCACGCGCUCAACGUGGAAAACUCGGCAGCCUUUGCUGGCUAUGAGUCGGACCUGACGUUUGUAGGCUGUGUGGGGAUGCUGGACCCCCCAAGGAAGGAGGUGCUCAGUGCAGUCCGAAUGUGCCGGCAGGCUGGCAUCCGCGUCAUCAUGAUCACAGGGGACAAUAAAGGGACAGCGCUGUCCAUCUGCAGGAGGGUGGGCAUCAUCACAGAGCAGGAGGAGGAGCAGGAGGGCGCCGGCGCGAUCGGGGGACUGACAGGCAGGGAGUUUGAUGAGCUGCCGCCUCACCUGCAGCGUCAGGCCUGCCAGACGGCGCGGUGCUUUGCCCGGGUGGAGCCGGCCCAUAAGAGCCGCAUCGUGGAGUAUCUUCAGAGUCUCAGUGACAUCACAGCCAUGACCGGCGACGGGGUGAACGACGCUCCAGCGCUGAAGAAGGCAGAGAUCGGCAUCGCCAUGGGCAGCGGCACAGCGGUGGCCAAGUCGGCUUCUGAGAUGAUCCUGGCUGACGAUAACUUCUCCACCAUCGUGGCGGCUGUGGAGGAGGGCCGAGCCAUUUACAACAACAUGAAGCAGUUCAUUAGAUACCUCAUCUCCUCCAACAUCGGGGAGGUGGUCUGUAUUUUCCUCACGGCAGCACUGGGCAUGCCUGAAGCGCUCAUCCCCGUCCAGCUGCUGUGGGUCAACCUGGUCACCGACGGCUUUCCAGCCACCGCGCUGGGCUUCAACCCUCCGGACCUGGACAUCAUGUCUCGUCCACCCCGCUCGCCCAAAGAGCCGCUGAUCUCCAGCUGGUUGUUCUGCCGCUACCUGAUCAUCGGAUGCUAUGUGGGCGCCGCCACCGUGGGAGCUGCUGCCUGGUGGUUUAUGGCAGCCCACGAUGGACCCAAGCUCUCCUUCUACCAGCUGUCCCAUUACCUCCAGUGCCGUGAAGGCCAUGAGGAGUUUUCUGGAGUUCAGUGUUUGGUCUUCGAGUCGCCGUAUCCCAUGACGAUGGCUCUGUCUGUGCUGGUCACCAUAGAGAUGUGCAACGCCCUAAACAGUCUCUCGGAGAACCAGUCCCUGUUAAAGAUGCCUCCAUGGUCCAACCCCUGGCUGGUGGGGGCCAUCUGCCUCUCCAUGGCGCUGCACUUCCUGAUCCUUUAUGUUGACCCGCUGCCCGUAAUUUUCCAAAUCCGUCCUCUGUCCUGGACCCAGUGGGUGGUGGUCUUAAAAAUGUCUCUUCCUGUCAUCUUGAUGGACGAAACCCUCAAGUUCCUGGCUCGCAACUACAUAGAACCAGGAAGCCAGAUCCAGACAUUACAGGAGGAGGAACUGCAGAGGUCAAGGGUCAACACAGGGUUCAUUGGUGCAGUGAUGUGGAGGCUCCAUGAGUCCGUGAGGGGCGUGUCCUGGUCCUUUGUCCUGGUGUCUGCACCGCUGGUGAUCUGGAUCUUCAGCCUGGACUCGGACAUCACCAACAUCUUCUGGGAGUGAUGGGGACCAUGGGGGGGGGGGGGGCUGCAUGAUGCCAACAGCUGGGUUCUGAUGUUCUACAAUGUUUGAUUAUACAGAAGAAAGUUACAGGAAGUUUCAGCAAUGAGGACUAAACCUUUAGUUCCGCUGCAGGAGAGAUGAACAGCAGCAGGUUCUGUCUAGGUUUUGUUUCUGUUUGGGUCAAAGGUUCUGACGGGUUCUAAUGAGGAGGCAGACUGGUUCUCCAGGAUCUACAGAGGUCUGGUUCAGUCAGAACUCUACUGAGUUGUCACACCAGAACUAACAGGUUUGGGUUUCAGUUCAGACUGGGUUAGAUCUGGUUAAAACCAGUACUCACAUGGUUCUGUUACAACUGAGACAGCUCAGUGGACCUUACAGAACGUGGUCUCAGAUUCCAGCUGAUCUCGGUUCUUUAGCGUUUGUAGGUUCUGAGAAGGGUUGGCUGGCUUGGAACCGGGUCAGGGUCUGGAGCUACAGUCUGUGGAGGAACUAAAGAGUGGUGUGCGGGUUCUCGAUGGUUCUGGUGCUCUGAACAUCAGAACUUUUUCUCUUGCCAGAAACUGACUAAGUAUGUUGUUGCAAUAAAUGUUUGAAUCCCAGAAGGCAGAAGAAACAAACACCUCCUCAGCAGAAAUCUCUUAUUUUGGUUUUAUUUGUAAUAUUUAUGAAUGUUGCUUCAUUAUAGUUCAGAACCUGUUGUUGACCCAGUUUGUUGUUGGAGGACGGCUGGUUUCUCUGUUUUAAAUAAACACUAAACUGAAGAUUCUGUCUCCCCUGGGUCAUCAGUGACAUCAUGGCGGGUCACAGUAGCCUAGAAAUCUAGACCGACCCAGUGGCGGCUGGCCAGUAGAGGGCGAUAGGGCGCCGCCCUCCCAGUUUUCCCCAGUGUUUUUAAUUUUUAUUUAAAAAAAUAAAAUUAACAAUAAUCACA